GUCAAAAACGUUCAUUAUUUUGUCCAGCACGGACGUCGUCGUUGUCGUCGUCGGGUCGCGUGAAGUUCUGAUGUUUUGUUUUCAGUUUUAAACGCUAAACCAUACAAACUUGAGUGUUUUCGCAAUUGAAAGGAGAUAAAAAACGUCUAGAAAGUUUUUAUUAUUAUUACGCAUAAAGGUGUCACAGUUUGAUCGGUGAUCGUGUAACAUCGUGAGUGUUAGUGAAAAGCAAUAACAACAGCAAAAAAAAAAACCGGUGCCCGUUUGCGCAACAUGUGCUGACAAAACAUCGUGUCUUGUGUGUGAACCGUACUUAAAAGGCAGCCCGCUCGCAUGCUCUCUUGCUGCUGCUGCUGCUCUCUUCGCUUCGCUUGCCCGUGUGCCGUCGGCAGAGAGUGUGACCGAAAAUGAAUGAAGUCGUCAUCCGAGCGCCCUCUCUGAAGCGGGGAAAGAACUACGAAGGCUUGAACAACAGGAUAAAAUUGAAGAAAAUCCUAGGCUUAACAGUAUGCAGCAGCGCCGGGCUCGAUGUAUCCUCCACCACCGGCGUCCUUGCGUAUCCGGCAGGAUGCACGGUGGUGCUGUUCAACUCCAAAAAGCUGUCCCAGAACUUCCUGCUCAACACAACGAAGAAAGCCAUCACGGCGGUUGCAUACUCCGAGUGUGGCCGGUACCUGGCGACGGGCGAGUGUGGCCACAAUCCCUCGAUCAAGGUGUGGGAGCUGGACGCGUCCGGCGGCCCCGGUGGCGGUGGUGCGAUCGAGAACGGUGCGGCCGGUAGCAUCGUGGCCGAGUUCUCGGGCCACAAGUACGCGGUCAGCUGUGUGGCCUUCUCACCCACGGGCAAGUACCUGGUGUCGGUCGGGUCGCAGCACGACAACAUCGUGAACGUGUUCGACUGGAAGGCGAACCUCAAGAUCGCCUCGAACAAGGUGACGGCCAAGGUGGUGGCGGUGAGCUUCAGCGAGGACGGCAACUACUUUGUGACGGUGGGCAACCGGCACGUGAAGUACUGGUAUCUGGAGGGCAGCCGGAAGUACAAGGAACCGAUCCCGCUGAUGGGCCGCAGCGCCAUCCUGGGGGAGCUGCGCAACAAUGACUUUUGUGCGGUGGCGUGCGGCAAGGGCGAGAUGGCGGAAAGUACGUACGCGAUCACGCGGAACGGCCAUCUGGUGGAGUUCAAUGCACGGCGCCUGCUCGAUAAGUGGGUGAUGUGCAGGACGAAUGCGGCCAACUGUAUGGUGGCCAGUACAAAGUACAUACUCGUCGGUUGUGCCGAAGCCAUCGUGAGGGUAUUUAAUGCCGAAACGCUAGAAUACAUUACCACCCUGCCCCGGACCCACUUUCUCGGCGUGGAUGUGGCGCAGGGCGUCCACAUCAACCACAUGAUGGCGGUGCCGCAGAACGCCAAGUACCCGGACACGAUCGCGAUCGUGUACGACGAGGCCCGGUCGAAGGUGACGUGCGUGUACAACGACCACAGCCUGUACAUCUGGGACCUGCGGGACAUUCGGCGGGUGGGCAAGAGCCAAUCCUUCCUGUACCACUCCGCCUGCAUCUGGGGCGUCGAAACAGUGCCAUUCAGCUACCAGCAGCAGCUCCGGCAGCACAACGGCGGGGCGGCGAACGGGGCCGGCGACACGCUGCCGUCCGACUGCUUCAUGACCUGCUCGUCCGACGACACGAUCCGCGUGUGGGACGUGGACAGCUGCGAGACGAACGAGGUGUACCGGAAGAACAUCUACAGCAAGGAGCUGCUGAAGGUGCUGUACAUCGACGACGAGCUGAACUUCAUCAAGGACACGGACAAUCCGAUCCACAGCACGGAGAAAAACUCCAGCUACGACGGGCGGAACGGAGUGCGCUGCAUCAAGAUCAGCCCAGACAGCCGGCAGCUGGCGACGGGCGACCGGAGCGGCAACAUUCGAAUCUACAAUCUCAGUAACCUUAAGCUGAUCACAACGAUCGAGGCGCACGACUCGGAGGUGCUGUGCCUGGAGUACACGAACGAGAAGAUCGAGCGACGGCUGCUGGCCAGCGCUAGCCGGGACCGGCUAAUACACAUCUUCGACUGCGAGGCCAACUAUCGCAUCCUGCAGACGCUGGACGACCAUUCGAGCAGCAUCACGUCGGUGCGGUUCAUCGGGGCGGGCAAGCAGUUCCAGAUGGUGUCGUGCGGUGCGGACAAAUCCAUCAUCUUCCGGCACUUCCAGAACAACGUGUUUCUGCGCGGGAACAAUUGCUCGGGAAAGAACACGCUGUACGACAUGGAGGUGGACAGUAACAGCAAGCACAUACUGACCGCGUGCCAGGACAGGAACAUCCGCGUGUACAGCACGCAGAACGCGAAGCACACGAAAACGUUCAAGGGUUCACACUCGGACGAGGGCAGCCUGAUAAAGGUGAGCCUCGAUCUGAGCGGGAUCUACAUUGCGACGUCCUGCACGGACAAAACGCUCAGCGUGUACGACUACUACUCGAACGAGUGUAUGGCGCGCAUGUACGGCCACAGCGAGCUGGUGACGGGGCUAAAGUUCACCAACGACUGCAAGUAUCUCAUAUCGGCCAGUGGCGACGGGUGCGUGUUCAUCUGGCAGGUGCCGCACGACAUGAUCGUGACGAUGCAGGCCCGCCUGUCGCAGCAGGCACUGCGGUCGGGCUUGCAGCCGAUCCCGCGUACCCUCCAGCCCACCAACCCGUUCACGGAUGCCAUUCUCAACCACCCGCAGCCAACGCCACCGGCACCGAGCAGCGUGUCCGAGUUUGGCUCUCCGCCGAACAGCGCAUUCCUGGUGGACGAUGCGCCGGGUACGCCCGGGUACCGGUUUUCCGACGUCGGCCAACUGCCCCAGUGGGCCAAGCGGAAGCCUUCGGAAGAUUUGCAAUCCAGCUCGCCCGUACUCGGUAGCAGCCCGAGCCAGACGGGGGCGAACUUCGGUGGACUAGCGCCGAAGCCGCGCGGUCGCUGGGGCCAGAAGGGUGUCGGUGGCCAGCUGGAGGAUCCGUUCGAUUUGCGAAACAUCGUGGAGAGCAGCCCGCUUGGCACCACGUUCGUGGGUGGUGACUCGCGGCAGCAACCGACAACGCCACAGCCCAGCGCCACCGCAGCGCCCGGACAGCCAAUACAUCCACCGGCCACCAACACACCGACGUCCGGGUACAAUAGCAGCGGCUCGAAGGAUGUGUACAGCAACGCCUACCUCAGCGAGGACAGCUCCAUCGACAGUGGGCGCGAGAACCGGCGGCCCGAUCUGAGCUCGUUCCUGCACAAGAAGAUCACCGAAACGAAGGCGUUGAACAGCCUGAACUCGGAAUCGAACACCGAGCACGACGGGGACGUGGAGGACAUUUCGGACGGUGAGCGAACGAGCUCGGACCACGGCAUGGUGUACUACCCAUCGGCGGCGCCAUCCACACCGACGGAUUUCAAAAUCAACGAAAUCGACACGAACGAGCUGCGCAAGUCGAUCCGGCGCCAGAAGCUGGAAAAGCAAGGCCUUAGUCUGGCGGCUCAGUUUCAGAGUGCCGCCUCCGGCACCGGUACCGGCACGUCCGACGACGAGGACGAAGGCUCGACGCCCAGUGGCGAUAAUGCGGAUCGAUCGCUUGCCUCCACCCUCGGUGGUAGCUCGGAAAGCAUUCCGCAACAGACUUCGUCCACCUUUCUGCAGGCCGUCCUCGAUGGGCCGGGCAGUUUAUCGGACCGGGAGCGCUCCCAAGCGCGCAAAAGCAUGAGCGCGAAGCACAACAACGAUGCGAAGAUUACCACCAGCAUAUCGAAAUCGUUUGCCAACAACAAAAAGGAAGAGCUGAUGAAGGUGAUCAACGAGGCAAAGGCAAAGCUGGAGAAUGGGAUAAUGUUUCAUAAUAUGCGUGAGAUUAAACCUCCAUUAAAUUAUGCUCAAUUCAAGGUCGGCUACCGGUCCGGUCUACGCGCUAGUCAUAGCAUAUCCGACUUGAGUCACUCGAUGAACAUGUCGGGAGCGAGUCCCAACCGCACGCAACGGAUAGGUAAGAGUUUUCGCUUCCCUUUUCCGCCCGGCAUGCAUCCGAACUCAUCCAAUUUCCUUCACAGUGCCGCUCCACGCUCGAAGCUGGCCCAGAAUUGUAUGCUUAUGAAUCAGAUACAGCAAGAGCUUCCACCGUAUCCACGGGACGUUGGCAUCUACGAGCCAGGGCCUGCCCAAAGACCGGACAAGCUAGACCUGGUGGAGCUACCCCCGGUGCCAGCCGACAAGCUCCGAAAGCAUCCCGGCAUUCUGAAGAACUACAAAUCCUGUCCCGUGUCGCCGGUGCACGAAGAGCAGGAAUGGUCGAGCCCCUCCAAUCACGACGAAUCAUCGCACAACCAGCAGAAAACGCUCGACCGUACUGGGCGGCAGAUGCGCCACUCGAUGUACUACGAAGAUGCCAAAACGAUACUGAGCAUGAUACACUCCGAUACGGAAAAGAUGAUACGAGAAAUCACGAGCAAGUACGGCGAUCUGGACGAUAUACAACCGACGGGAAAGGUAAAAGAGGAAGGAGAAAAAACAGUGCCGCCACCACCACCGUCGACAGUGGCCAAAGCGGGCUCUAAACUACCCGAUACCAAAGCUUCCACCGCUCGCGAACACCAGGAACAUGGAUUCCUAUCAGAAGACGAACCUAACUUUAGCUCCGACUCGCUGGAAGAUUGCAGUCUCGAUCUCGACCUCGAGCGGCAAGGUCUGCCGGUGCCAGCGAGAAAGAAGCAAACCUGUGCCAAACAUCACCCGGCGAAGCGAACGCCACUCACACUGCCAAAACGAUCCGUUUCCGAUUACUUUAUCUACGAUCAAGCACCGCAAGGGCCGAGCGAAAUCCCCUACCGCAACGUAUCGCUCUCGGACAUCCUGGAUGACGAGGAAGCGAUCCGGCAGGCGGAGAAUCGAUUCCUCGAAACGCAGCGACACUCGAGCGCUAGCUUCUUCCUCGGUCAGCAGUACCCCACGCGGAAAAGCCAGGAAAGCAUCCUCUCGGACGAGUACGGAAGUGGAGGUGUUAGCUUUUGCAACAGCAUGGAAAGCAUCCUGUCGGACGAUUCGGAGUGCAAGAGUGCCCCGCUGGAGGUGCUGUUCGGGCGCAUCCGCCGCGAUCAUCACGGCCAGGGGGGACAUGGGCAUGGCGCCGGGCGUAAUGCGUCCGGCAAUUUCGAGUACAAGCUGGAAGGACUCGGCUGUGCUACGUCCAAAUCGUACGGUUCCAGCCCGAACGCAGGCUGCGGGUUUGAUUACUACAUGCAGGGCAACUAUUUCCAUGCGACGACCGCAACUGACAGUAGCUACUUUGGGAUGGUACAGGAUAGCCUGGAGUACGGGGGACAUGAGCGACGCGUCCGGCAAGGUGCACCCGGUAUGCCAACGUCCAUGAGCUAUCCACGGUUUCUGCCCAGUCUGGCGGGUUCGGCCGCCGCUCCACUGUCCUCCGGGCGGGAGGAACUACUUUUCAACGAAACGUUCGAGGAGGGAGAAGAUUUCAUCCCGUCCCUAACGUCCAAGGCGGCUCAAUAUGGCGGUGCUACGGUGAAGAGUCUCAGCAAGGACUUUGCCAACCAGCGGAAGCAGAUGAACUCCAAUCCACUCUACAACUGCAACGAUGGAAGUGGUGUUGCUGCUGCUGCUGCUGCUGGGGCAGGAAAUGGAGAUCUCUUCAUUCGAAAAACGGUUAACGCGACAAACCAGCACCAAAUCACCCGAUCCGACAUCUUCGGCACCGAAUCGUCCGUGUACGUGAUGAAGAAGUCGUGCAGUUUUGAGAUCGAAAUGGGCGGUCGUCGCAUAGCGCGGAACUCGAAAAAAUUCGAACAAAACCUGCAACGCUUCGAGCAGGAGCGCAAACAAUCGAACGAACGCUUCCUUCAUCAACAGUUUGGCGGCACGUUGGAGAUGGAUUACGUGCCGCACAAGCCACCGGUAGCGCAUCGUCGUUCCGCCAGCAUGAAGGGCCGGGGACGGGUACGGUCCAAGGAAAAAUUUAACACCAUCAUCGGUCAGAUGAGCAACUCUCCUGGGCAGUGCGACGAACCUGCAAUGAUCGGCGGUAAGUUGCGCGACUUUGUCAAUCGGGACUUUGUGAUGCCAAACAAACCGCCGUCUUCUGAGGUGAUGUCCGUGUCCGUCGGUGGGGCACCGCGCCGCUGUGACAUUGGGGAGGAAAAGUCUUUCGAGGUGUACGUCGCAGAGAAGGGCGUCAGCGAGGACGACAAUAUGGACAGUUUGGAGCUGCUUUCGAAGGCGAAAAGUGCGGCUUGCGUGCGGAAAGAAAACUCCACCGAUUCGCUCGACGCCCCUGGGGCGGUUGAGGGAGUGACGGAGAUCGGUGUGGAAGCGCUGGAAGAAGGCAUAGAUGCGGCGCCCGAAGAUGAGGACGUGAAUGCCGCUGUCGAUGCACUCGCUGCGGAAGAAGCGCUAGAACUUCCGAGAAAAAGUCUCACCCAAGGGGCAACGAGCGAGCUGGAAAAGCUGAUCGAUCGUGGUCUGCUAACGAGCGGCGAGUACAACCGCUUCCUGGACAUUGAGAAGAAGAUCGACAUCGUUAACAAGCUGGUGGAGCUGGAGGAGCGCAAGCUGGAGCAGGAACGGACGGCCAAGGAGCAUCGCAUGCGCCCCUUCAACUGUGAUCCCCGCCAGAAAGGGUACGUGAAGAGUUUGACGGAGAACUUUGACCGGCUGGCGAAGGACGCCCAGGAGGAGCUGGAAAAUGAGAAGAGUUGGCAUCUGGCGAAGGCUCGCAUGAAGCGCAACUUUAGCCUCCCCGAUGUGCUGGACUUUGGUGCGGACUGUUGCUGCCGGCAUGCUGGGAAGUGCUGCGAGCGGCGCGGCGACGGCGAUGAUGACGAUGAGGCCGAUGAGUGUGUGUGCUGCGGGGACGGGUGCAAUGCGUACAAGCAGAAAGACGAGGAGGAGCUGUCGGAGAAGGACGAAAACUCGAUGGCGGCGGCGGUGGCGGCCGUGGCAGCAGCCGUCGCUGCCAUCGGCAUGUCGCACAGUGAUGAAGGCGGUAAUCCCCGAAGCUUAAUCUCUGCGCAAGAUAGUGAAUCUUCGAUUAGACGUGCUUGUUCGCUUAGUGAUUUGAGUAUGGGAAAAGGCUACAAAUCGCCCAAUCAAUCGACGGCUGGCAGCGGACAGUACAAACCAUCGGUAAGCAACCGAAACACCAGCACACCGACACGAAACACACCGAAACGGAGCACGUCGUCGGUCGGCAAGGGCGGUGCCUCGCUGUCCACGGGCAUGGGCGUGCGUAGUAUUUCGGUUGGAAUGCUUAACCAAGCGAGUGACUCCGAGGCGGAACCAGCAGGCACACGAGGCGGUCUGCUGAAGCCUACGAUUUCUUCCCAGAACAAAAUCAACGGCACGGGCAACGGUACCGGGCCGGGUAGCGGUGGCAAAUACAUCAAUCCCCGCAGCGCCGCUGGUAUUAUUAACCGACGCAAGGGCCUGCAAAAUGCGUACAGUAGUGUAAAUAUCUCUACCGCCGGUCAGGAUGAAUCCAGCUCGGAAGAGUCGCCCACCAGCACGGUCUGCACCGUGCCAGCGAAACCGGCCGUACCGCCCCGGCCGCGUAGCAUCGCCUUCGAGCACAAGCGGAUAGCCAACGCUAGUCAGUUAAACGUGAAGAAAACGGUGACCGUCGGCGGUACGACAACCAUACCGGCCGAUGCCACCACCAACGGUGGCAGCAACAACAAUGGCAGCAGCAAUAAUGGUGCCAUGCUGCCCGUAAAGGAUGCCGAUCUGGACAAUGCUGACCUUACCAACCAGCUCUGUACGAACAUUAUCAACCAGCUCGUGCAAACCACCUCGACCGUGAUUCAGCUGCACCAGCGGCUCAAAUCGAGCGACGAGGCAAGCAUCAAUGGGCGCAACAAUUCGCUCAUGCUGAAAGAGCUCGAAAAUGCCGUCAUCAUGACGCAAAACAUGCUCACCAAAGUCACCAACCGCAAUCACAACGACGGUAUCAACAAUAACAGUAUGAGCAACAACACCAACAAUCAAAUCAUGUACGAAAAGUGUGUCGACAUGCUCAACCAGGUGCAGAAGCACGUGAACAAUAACGGUUAGGAUGCUGCGUCGUGCCUCGCCAGUGCCCGUGCGGAUGUGUGCGGGGAACGGUGAUCGAUAACAGUAUAAAACAACAACAACAACAUAUACCUGUGUUCAUAUCCUGCUCGCACACACACACACACACAAGCGGGAAAGGGUAUGCAAAAACAAAAACAAAAAACGGAAACAUUCCCCAGGAUAAUGCCGUCAAUUUUCAAGCCGAACGACGAAAUUAUAGAGAGUUUUAUGUUUUACUUGAAUGGAUUGAUUAUUCUGUGUAGUGUGUGUUUUCAGCUGUUUUUUCUGUCUCUGUUUUCCUUUUCCAUCGUAAAGCUUGUAUGGAACGAAACACGAAAAUACGAAAUUGGACUACAUUUUUUACGUCCGAGAUGUUGUGUGUAUGUUUGUGUACGUAAGCGAAACGAUGAAAUUCAUUAGUCGAUGAAGAUAUAUCAGCGCCAUAUCUAGAAUUGAGUUAAACAUUAAGAUACGAACCGAAGGAGAAACCCUGCGUAAACCCCUUAAAGACAUAUGUGAAGAAAAAACAAGAUUUUAUGCUGUAAGUAAGACAUCUUCUAUCCGUAAACAAAACACAUUUACCUAUUAAUCUAUUAAUGCACCCAUAAGAAACAGUUGCUUAAGUUUAGUCGCUAGCGCAAUUCAAUAACGUGUGUUUGGAAUAUGAUCGUCCGCGCAAACAGAGCUUUGUUGCCGCAGCGAGUUAUGUUCUGUUCUGUUUUGCGUUGCUCGCGCAAACACAUAAAAUUAACGUUAAGGAUAAGCGAUAGUUUUUGUUCUGUUAGCGAAACCUUGUUUAUGGCAGGUCUGUUGAGUUUUGAGCAUUUGCAUUGCAUUGUGAGGAGUAGCAAGGAGCAAACAGAGAAAUAUCCAUCUAUCUACGCCGUCCAAAUGAGCUUUUUGUUUAGUCGAAAAUUGUUAGUUAGUUUGUUUGCUUUGACCACGAGCUUCACUCGUGGUCGUUAGGGGAAAAGCAUGUUUUUGUAGUUUCGUUCAUAGAGAGAGAGAGAGAGAGAGAAAGAGAGAGAGAGCUUCAAGGGAACUCGAACAUUCUGCACGUGUACCGUAGAUCGUUAAUCUCCCAAUCUGUUCAAUAGCAUUGUGCACGUUACGUUUAGGUGGUUUGUUUUUUGGUAGUAAAAUUAAAUGCUAGAUUAUUGUCCGUUUUUCUUUCCCCCACCCUCUUACAAACACAUGCCACGAACACACAUACACACGUUGAAACGGACGCAUUUUAAACAAAAAAUCGGGUACAUCGAACUAUAUCGUCGGUAUUCCCGCGUGAGCGUCCUCUUCUUCUUCGCAAUUUAUACUCUUAUUAAUCGAUAGUGCUUAGACGGCAUGAAGAAAGGACGAAAGUGUUCAUAUGUGUAUGUGAUUGGGGUUUAACGUAUAUAUAUACAUACAUAUGCAAACCAAAAGAGGAUGGGGUGGGGAGAAAAAAGAAAACGCCUCUUAUUACUAAGCCACGGCCGCAGAACCGUUUCAGUCAGUACUAAUAAACUAAGCCUAACCGCGAUACCAUGCUAAACACAAAACACAAACACACACAGACAACAUUAAACAACAACAACAAAAACUAUUAAAUCAUAUUGAUUUACCUUUUCCUUCCCUCAUUAACGAAACAAACAAACAAACAAAAAAAAACACUAAAUCAUAAUUAACCUACAAUACUAUGGCGGAGGGUGGAAUGGGCGGACGAGUAAGAGUGGGUGUAAACGAGUAAGGAAUUUAGCAAGGAAUUUAACGUUUAAUCAAUGUGCUGUGGAUGAUGUGACUAUUCUAAACGUGAAGCCGGAAGGUGGUCAGGUAGGAAGGAAGAAGCGAUGGCAAAGUAUGUGUGUGUGUGAGAUGUAGAAAACAUAAAAACACACAUUUCGGUGAAAACCACGCAUUAACGCUGUACAUAAUUGACGCUUUAAAGAAGUUUGGUAUUUUGUAUUCCCAUCGGGCCAUCGGUUCUCUCCCGUUGGAAAGUGUGUUGAAUUCGCUACACACUACCAGGUUUAGCACACACACACACAUACAUGAAGUAAUCGAAAGUGUACGCUAUUUAACGGGAAGCUGUAGAAGUAACACGAGAAGUACUUAUUUUAGCCGGUUUUCGAUGAAAAGUUAACUAACUCACGCGAAGCAAACCUAAAACAUUGUCUUUCCAGAAAAUAAAUAUGAAGUGAAACCUCAAACCUCAAGAUAAACGCAUAGUAGCAAUGUGUGUGUGUGGUAGCGUACAUGAUGAGAACAUUCGAACGACGAGGUACCUUAAAUACACACCGUAACACAAAAAAAAA